GAAUUGAAUUCCAAGCUUGUAGCCGAGAUUGCCGAGCUUAGAAAGGAGAAUGCCGAGAUCAAAGCCGAGAAUAUAAAAUUGAAACAAGCUAUGGAAGGGAGUUUCAUUCCCUUUAGGGUUGAGAUCGCUCCUGCAAGACGAAAAUUGGUUAACGCAAUGACGAUCUGGAAUCGCGGGGAUUUCGAACCCCAUAACUUGAGGUUUUUGUUAUGA